AUGUUGUUUGAUCCAAAACAAGAGAAUUUGCCGUAUACAUUUGCAUUGAUUAAACCUGACACUACUCUUAAACCUAAUGUAGUAUAGGAAGUGGUUAAUAAAAUUGAAGCAGCUGGAUUAACAAUUAAAAACUUUGUUCAAGUAUAGUAACUCUACAGAGAAGAAGUACUGAAUCUGUUUUACAAAUAACAAAAGUAUAUGGAUGAGAUUAUGACAUAUAUGUUAUCAGGAGAAUGUGUAAUGUUUCUUUUAUGUCAUGAAACUGAAAAUCCUAUUUUGGUAUGGAAGAAGAUGAUUGGAAAUAAAGAUCCUAUCGAGGCUAAAAAGGCAGAUCCAUAAUCCUUAAGAGGAAUAUAUGGUACAUCAAUAAUUAAAAAUGAAUUUCAUGGAAGCGAUGAUCCAUUCUCUGCCAACAAAGAAAGAGACAUUUUCAAAUUCCCAAUUCCUCAGAAAAUACCUGAUUUCAAAUUCGAUAAAAUGUUAGUCUCCUUAGAAACCCUGUUCAAAUUUCUUUACCCUCCCAAUUUAGAACAUUCAAAUGCAUUAGAAAGACUGGACAUCUUUGCUAUUUAUGGCCCAUGUGUCAAUUAUCAUAGUGUUGAUCAAUGUCUAUGCAGAGAAUGUGCAUUAGUAGGAAAAGAGCAUUUGGAAGGUGUCAGAGAAUCACUCAUUGCCUCGGAAUAAACUAAAUUAGGAAUCAAAAUCAGACCCUAACCAACUACAGCAACUAAAACACAAUUGCCAUAAAGAGUUCAAUUACCACCUAUUAGACUAUUGAAGGAAGAAGACAUUAAAUAGAUCUAUUAGUCAUUGUGUGAAAAGUGCCAAUUCCAUUGUAAUGGUUACGCUCAUUUACAAGGAGGCAGGAAUAUGUAGCAUAUUAUGACUGAUCAAGAAUUAAACACUUUAGCCAAAGAGAUGAAUAAAUAAGAAAUCUUAGAAUUACUUUAUAGUGAGAAGGGUAAUGCUGCUAAUGUCAUGAUUGAAACCAUUGAUCUUAAUGAACCUAAUCAUUACACUAAGGAAAUGAUUCAACUACUGUUUUAGGAAUUAGAAACAGAUUAUUAUAAUAGAUUCAAAUUUUAUCAUCUUUAGAAUGUCAUCUUAGAAGACAGAAGAAUCAGGAUGAAUGCUUGGAUGAGUAUUCUCAUCAAUAAACCAAUUCAUAGAUUCAAAAACCCUAAAUUAGUUUGUAAAGUACCCCCUGAAAUGAGAAAGAACCCAGAAAGCAUUCACUACACAAUCAAUAGAAUUUUACCUCUCAAUCAAACAUACAAAAAGAAGGAUAUUACUAAAAUGCCUUUGGAUUUCCCACCUAAUCUUGCAGAUAAGGAGAAAUUGAAUCCCAAUGAAGAAAAACUUGCAUUAUUGAAGAAACUACACAGAGACACUCAUCACAUGGUUGAAAUUCAGGAUGCAAAGAAGGUUGUUUCCAAUGGUGUCUAUCUAUUGCGUAAGUACAAUGAUGGAAGAAACGGCGAAUGGGACAAUUAUUCAUCGCUUAAAGCAAUGAAUAGAGGCUCCUAUGUAAAUUAUGAGGAAAAAAAGAGAAAAGAAAAGCUUUGA